GCGAGUAGACCGGCGGCUGCGCGGGGCCGGGUGCUCUGGAGACGCCGGGGACCAGUUAGGGGUCCGGCGUUGCGUCUGAACGCGUGUGUGAAAACCCAGAAGAAAAGUCUUCCAUUCAGAACUGUGGGACUAAUUCUGUGUUAACCAACAAGAUGAAACACUCUGAGUUUAGCCCGGAAAAGAACAGAAAGGUUAAAAUGCCAGCGAGGAGACUUCGUGAGAUCAUUUCUCCAAAUCUGGGGGAUAGUUUGGCUGUGAUGAAAGAUGAGCUGUCCCGUGUUCCUCCGGCGUUGUCUGCAAAUAAACGCCUUCCUGUUCGAAUGGGGACUGGCUUAAAUGGAACAUUACGUGGUUCAUCAGAUUUAACUUCUGCUAGAAAUUAUCACCAGCCUCUGUUAGAAAAUCCCACUGUUUCAGAAAGUGAUUUUUCUAAAGAUGUAGUGCAGGGGCUGCCUUUGGAUAAAACAGAAGAGAGCAACAAACAAAAAGCAAAUGACAUCUUUAUUUCUCAGUACACCAUGGGACAGAAAGAUGCUCUAAGAGCAGUUUUAAAGCAAAAAGCUCAAAGCAUGCCCGUUUGUAAGGAAGUAAAAGUACAUCUUUUAGAAGACACAGGGACAGAAAAGGAUGCUGUUCCUCAGGAGGCUAGACCUUCACCCAGUGGAAUUGAUUCAGCUACAACUGUGGCUGCAGCAACUGCUGCUGCCAUUGCAACAGCAGCUCCACUGAUAAAGGUACAGAGUGAAUUGGAAGCAAAAGUUAAUUCUGUUGCAGAAUUACUUAAUAAGUUACAGGAGACUGACAAACACUUGCAACGUGUUACAGAGCAGCAAACAAGCAUUCAAAGUAAACAAGAGAAACUACAUUGUCAUGAUCGAAAGCAAAUGAGUGUGUUUAUGGAGCAGCACAUUAGGCACCGAAAAUUACAGCAACAGCAAAUAGAUAUUCAGACUCAUUUUAUUAGUGCUGCACUCAAGACUAGUAGUUUCCAGCCUGUUAACAUGCCCCCUUCCAGAGCAGUGGAAAAGUAUUUUGUAAAACCAGAACAUCUUAACCUGGGUAACAACCAUCUGUCUUCAUGUAAUACAUUUGCUUCCAAACAAGUACCUUUAAGAGAAACUGAAGAUAUGGGUUUUGAUGAACAGAAAUCUCCUCUGGAAACUCCAGCACCUCGCAGGUUUGCUCCUAUACCUGUUUCAAGGGAUGAGGAAAUAUCAAAGAAGGAAAAUUCUAUAGAAGAAAAAGAAAAUAUGGAAAUGUCAGGUUGUAGAGGAAAUGUAAGACUAUUGGAACAAAUAUUGAAUAACAAUGAUUCUUUGACAAGAAAAAGUGAAUCAUCAGAUAUAAACUCACUAAGCAGAUCAAAUUUGGGAUGGAUUCCUGAGAAAAGAGAAAGCAUUGAAACGCUACCUUCUCAAAGAGUUCCUUCCUAUGAAGAGCUAGGAACAGCUAAAGGGACUAUACAGAAGUACAAUGAUGUUCUUCAUGACCUGGGCCAAAAAAAGAAAGAAAUGAAUGGCAACCUCCAGCCAAAAGAAUCUCCAAUUACACUGAGGCUUGCUGAUCUACCACAGAGUUCUGUUAAAUUUCAACCAACCAAUACAGCAAGGUCUAUAUUGAAAGAUGCUGAGAAAAUUUUGAGAGGAGUACAAAACAAUAAAAAAGUACUUGAAGAAAACUUAGAAGCUAUUAUUCGUGCAAAGGAUGGAGCUACUAUGUAUUAUUCAUUUAUCAAUGCUUUAUCUGCCAAUAGAGAGAUGUCAGAGAAAAUUAGGAUCAGAAAGAAAGUAGAUGAAUGGAUUAAAACCAUUUCUGCAGAAAUUCAGGAUGAACUAGCAAGAAAAGAUUAUGAACAAAAGAGAUUUGAUCAGAAGAAUCAAAGCACCGUGAAAACUCAGAAUAGGAGUAAAUAUAUUAAAACCAAUACACAAGACAGAACUGUGAACAAGUCUGUAAUUCCAAGAAAACCUGUUGAAAAACAUGCAGAAGGGCAUUUCAGAAGUCCACCUAUGAAAAAUAUGCCUGCUUCAAGUUUACAGAAAGAGAGGAAAGAAGGGCUUUUGAAAUCAACCACAGUUAUACAAGAUGAGGAUUACAUGUUACAAUAUGGAAAACCAGUUUACCAGGGUCAUCGCAGCACUCUUAAAAAAGGACCGUAUCUCAGAUUUAAUUCUCCGUCCCCAAAGUCCAAGCCACAGAGACCCAAAGUCAUAGAACGAGUUAAAGGCACUAAAGUAAAGUCAAUAAGAACACAGACUGACUUUCAUGCAACAAAACCUAUGAAGAUGGAUUCUAAAAUGCAACAUCCCACUCCUGCACUACCUCAUGGCGAUCAGCAAUAUUUGUUUAGUCCAAGCAGAGAAAUGCCUACUCUUUCAGGUACACUAGAAGGCCAUCUAAUUCCUAUGGCAAUACUUUUAGGACAAACCCAAAGUAAUAGUGAUUCCAUGCCAUAUACUGGAGUAAUUAUAAACAAGCCACAUCCUAUAACUGUGACUACUUCCAUUCCUCCAUCAUCUCGAAAAGUAGAGGCGAGAGUAAAGAAACCUAAUAUAGCAGUUGUAGAAAUGAAGUCAGAAAAAAAGGAUCCUCCUCAUCUUACUGUACAGGUAUUACCUAGUGUAGAUAUUGACAGCAUUUCAUACAGCAGUGCUGAUGGUGGUUCCCUGUUGCCUAGUCCCAAAGAAGCCUCUCUUCCUCCUUUGCACACCUGGAUUCAGACUCCAGAAUUUGUGAAGGUGGAUGAAGAAGAAGUGAAGUUUCCAGGAACUAAUUUUGAUGAAGUAAUUGAUGUUAUACAGGAAGAAGAACAAUGUGAUGAAAUUCCAGAAUAUUCUGAACCAAUGCUGGAGUUUAACAGAAGUGUUAACAUUGUUUCUACAAAAUAUAAUGGUCCUCCAUUUCCUCCCAUUGUUUCUGCAUUUCAGCCUACUACUGAUGUUCUGGAUAAAGUAAUUCAGAGAAAAGAAACACUGGAAAAUAGUUUAGUUCAGUGGGUAGAACAAGAAAUAAUGUCAAGAAUUAUCUCUGGGUUCUUUCCAGUCCAGCAACAGGCCAGACUUAAUGCCAGUGUUUCAGUCAGUGAGGCAAGUAAAGCAUCAACUUCUGACAUUGUGGAAGGAACAAGCAGUGGUGCUCUUCAGCUUUUUGUUGAUGCUGGGGUUCCUGUGAAUUCAGACAUGGUUAGCCAUCUUGUGAAUGAAGCUCUUGCUGAGACCAUAGCUGUCAUGCUGGGUGACAGAGAAGCAAAGAAGCAAGAUCCUGUUGCUACAAGUGUUUCUGGUGAUAUUUCAACAAAUGAAACAUACUUGCCGGCACGAGUGUGUACCCCAGUGGCUACCCACAGCCUACUCCUCCUCGCUCACCUUCAUCACUUUCUGAGGAGCGCGUGUUAUGUAAUGUCUGUGGCUAAGGAUGAAGAACCUGAGAGUUGGACUUCCUCUCAGCCUGCACCCCAGAAUCAAUUCCCUUUACGCCAUUUCUUGCGG